UCUUCUCCUUCUUUCACUGAACAAGAAAAGGUUCAACUUUACUUACUGGGUAACUGACAAAGGAAGAGGACCCACAUGCUUUAGUAGACAUUGAAAUUCAGCUGCCUCUCCUCUCUUCUCCGAUUUUCUCCAUCUUCAACCCAAACUCGUCUUUUAAGAAACCUUAUUAAUUAUAAUAUUACCUUAAAAAGAUUCCUCUUUUCCUAUUUACCUUUUUUCUUAUCCUUUUUUGCGUAGAAUCUAAGUACCCCCCUUUUUUUUCUUUCUUUCUUUUGGUUCCAGGGUAUAUACACUACUUUACUCUAAUCCCUUUGUGCUUGUUUUUUCAUUACUUAUUAAAUUAUGAUUCAUCAGAAUCCGUUAUUACCAAAGAUUCUUAAUCUCUUCCUGCUCAGUUCACUUCUCACUUCAUUCUGCUAACUCACUAUUUUUCCUUUUUCUUUCUUGCUUUCGCUAUCUUUAAUCGUGGGUGUGGUGCAGUUUUUUUAAUUUUUCUGAAGUAAUUUGUCUUGGGUUUGAAUUAUUCAUCAAACCUUAUAUUGGGUAUUGCGGAAGUGAAGAGAUUUCGGUAAACAGGUACGUGUAACUGGAAAUUCGAAGAUGUUCAUGUUUGCUUAGUUUGAGAUUUGACGAUACUGGUGUGCGUAAAUGAGGCUGUAUUCAUAUCUUAUAGUUGGGGUUUUACACGAAAGAUUAGAUAUUGAAAUUUGCUUUUCAUAUCUUCUGAGCUUACACAUAUUGCAAGUUUUUUUUCUUUUUCUUUUCCUGAUAAAUCCAUAUAUGUAUAUAUAUCAGUUGUGUGAUAGUCUUUCUGUCGUUCUCGUUAACUUUUACUUUCCCUGCAAAACACACAACAUAAUGGGAGCGAGAGGUGCGAGGGGGCGAAUAAAUUGUCACACAAUGACAUAUAGGUGAUGGAGAUUGUUCUAAUUUUAAUUUAGUUUAAUUAUACAUGAAAGCAUCUUCUUUAGUCUCUAUUAAUAUUUUUAAUCUCUUUUAGUCUCUAUCUGUAGCAUUUUAAUCUAUUUUACUCCCUAGAAGACCACCUGGAAUUAAAAAGGGUAUAUGUAUGGAUUACAAGGAGAUGCUUAUAGGAACUAGAAAGGAAAUUUUUUGUAACUAUAGUAAUCAAACUAAAUUUUAAUUAUCCAUUUCAGUUAUACGGUCAAGAUUCACUCCUGCAGCCACACACACCGAAAAAAAAAUCAAUGUUGUUUCGGUUAUAUCUAAUCUUAACUAUCCAAGAUUGAGAUUUUCUCUUCUCAAACUCUGGUCUCGAACUUGAUACAUUUCCUACAUAUCCAAUGCUGGUUAAAAGCUUCAAGAGGGAUGAUCAUGCUUCUGAAUUUUGAAGUUUGGAAUCAAGGCAUAACAUUUACUUUUUCAAAAGAAGCUUAAUAGUGAAUAAUUUUGCAUGAAAUGGGUUGGUUUAGAAAGUUGCUUAAAGGUUGUGAUCAUAUUUCACGUGGACAAUACCAAGGAAAAUAUGGAGAAGACAGAAUUUGGGAUACCCAUCGUAGUUCAAUGGAUGAUUUAACAGAUAUAGAGAAAGAAGACAUUGACCGUGCAAUUGCACUCUCUCUGUCAGAGGAGGAUCAUCUUAAAGGGAAAAAAGUUGUUGAGGAUGACUCUCAGUCUGAAGAUGAUAAACUCUGUAAUAUUGACGAUGAGGAAGAUGAAUAUCUUGCUAAAAUUCAGCAAGAAGAUGAAUAUCUUGCUAAAAUUCAACAAGAAGAGGAUGAACGUCUUGCUAAAAUUCAACAAGAACAUGAACGUCUUGCUAAACUUCAACAAGACGAAGAUGAACGUGUGGCUAAAAUUCAACAAGAACAUGAGCAUCUUGCUAAACUACAACAAGAUGAGGAUGAACGUCUGGCUAAAAUUCAACAAGAUGAAGCUGAACAUCUUGCUAAAGCUCAACUUGAGGAAGACGAGCAACUUGCUCGGGCAAUUCAAGAAAGUUUGACCAUUGGUUCUCCUCCUCGAUCAGACAAUGAAUCUUCAUUUCUAUCUUAUCCUCACCUCUUUCCCCCUGGAUACAGAAUCUGUGCUGGGUGCAAGACUGAGAUUGGGCAUGGAAGAUUUUUAAGUUGCAUGGGAGGUGUUUGGCAUCCAGAAUGCUUCUGCUGCCACGCCUGUCGUCUGCCAAUAACUGAUUAUGAGUUUUCCAUGUCUAGCAAUCGCCCUUACCAUAAAUCAUGCUAUAGGGAGAAGCAUCACCCCAGAUGUGAUGUUUGCAAGAACUUUAUCCCAACUAAUUCAUCUGGCCUCAUUGAGUAUAGAGCUCAUCCUUUCUGGCUGCAAAAAUACUGCCCAUCUCAUGAGCUUGAUGGCACACCUCGUUGCUGUAGCUGUGAAAGAAUGGAGCCAAGGGAUGCAAAAUAUCUUUUGCUUGAUGAUGGUCGAAAGCUAUGUUUAGAGUGUCUAGACUCAUCAAUUAUGGAUACUCAUGAAUGCCAACCUCUCUACCUUGAAAUACAAGAAUUUUAUGAAGGUCUAAAUAUGAAAUUGGAGCAGCAAAUUCCUAUGCUCUUGGUUGAGAGACAAGCUCUGAAUGAGGCCAUGGAGGGAGAAAAGAAUGGUCAUCACCACUUACCCGAAACCAGAGGACUCUGUUUGUCAGAAGAGCAAACUGUCACCACUAUUUCAAGGAGGCCGAGGAUCGGAGCCGGCUACCGAGUCACGGACAUGAUAACUGAACCCUUCAAGCUGAUCCGUCGCUGUGAAGUGACAGCCAUUCUAGUUUUGUAUGGCCUUCCUAGGUUGUUAACAGGAUCAAUCCUAGCUCACGAGAUGAUGCAUGCAUGGCUUAGGCUUAAAGGCUAUCCUAACCUCAGUCCAGAAGUUGAAGAGGGAAUCUGCCAAGUGUUGGCUCAUAUGUGGUUAGAUUCAGAGCUGUAUUCGGGAUCUGGGAAUGGCGGUGCAUCAUCAUCCUCGUCUUCAUCUUCAUCUUCAUCAUCACCUUCCUCCUCUUCUGCAUCAUCAAAGAAGGGUAAACGUUCCGACUUUGAGAAGAAACUUGGUGAGUUUUUUAAACACCAGAUUGAAUCAGAUACCUCCUCAGCUUAUGGAGAUGGAUUCAGAUCGGGUAACAAAGCAAUGCUCAAGUAUGGGCUCAAAAGCACCCUUGAUCAUAUCCAUAUGACAGGAAGUUUUCCAUACUGAAAAUUUUAAACAAGAUAUAAUUUUCUCACCUAUAUAUAUUCAUCAUUAUUGCGGCUUCGUCAUAUAAACCAUAUAGUUCAAAGAUUUCAAGAUCAUAUAGUUUAACACUAAGGAAUAAAAUUGCUCCUCUUACGUUUAAGUUCCUUAAUCUCGUGCCAAAUGUGGCACCUCAUCUUCUAUAUGUAAAACUAAAUACUACUUAGGAAUUUAGAAGAGCUGAAGCAAUGAAAGCAGAGAAUUUGAUUAUUU